AACAACAUGUACUAUUCAUAAUAUAAUCCCAUUAACUGAUUUUAUAUUUGCACUUUCUUGAAUUGAAUAUAAGGACGUUCGUUGUCUACGUUGUCAGUUCACAAAUCAGAAGCAAAAGAAGACGGACCACAAUGACUAGUAAUGUGCUUUGUGGUCGAGGCAGGUUGGUCCUAUCUCAGAAAGCUGGUCGUCAUGCAUUAGCUGCUCUCAGGGUUGGCAGAACCAGAACUUUCUCUGCGGCAAGUUCAGAUGAGCCUUACAUAACGGUAUCACCUACAGACUCAGGCCCCAGGACCGUGUGGCCUGAUGAGAACAUGGGACCAUUCGGACCUCAGGACCAGCGCUUCCAGUUACCAGGUAAUGUUGGGUUUGACUGUCACCUGGAAGGCAUGGCAGACCAAGAGAAGUCUCCAGUCCACAGGAUGGUCCCGGACGUAUUGACGGCCCCAAGCAGCUCAGAGAGACACCAGUUCAUACUGGCCCAGUUUGUCAAUGAGUUCCAGGUAAGUUUUUGAAUAGCUUUUACACUUGCAUAAUGUUG